UUCUUUUUUUCUUUUUUUCUUUUUCUCCUUCCUUACUUCAGUAUGCUUUACACGAAUUCCUCGGUCUGCCUUUCGCAGUCUUGCAUUCAGGCAUCGGCGGCCAUAUACUCCCAUCUCGAUUCCAACUUCCAGAGUAUUGAUCCUUGUACAAAUUUCCCAAAGCUUGUUUGUGGCGGCCUUCAGGAGCGUAAUGUGAUUCCAGCAUGGGAACAGGUUUUGGGAGAGGUAACUACUCUGAAGGAGACAAACCAGAUUUUUAUGAAGAAUGUCUUGGAGGCACCCUCUGAUCCCUCUUGGAUUUCGCGUGGAUCCAUCGACGAGAAGAAUUUCGAGAAGCUCAUCACCGGCUACAAUGCCUGCAUGAACGAAACUGCAAUUGCUGAAAGAGGUGUCCAACCACUGGUAACCUUCCUUGGAAACAUCACCGAGAGUUUCCCGGUCAUGCCGGAGGAGCACAAAAAUGCCAGUCGUUUCGAUACUGCCGAUCACGAAGCAUUCAGCAACACCUAUCUCUACUUCGCCCAGCACUCUAUAUUCCCCUUCUUGACCAUAGACGUCGAUUCUGAUCCCGAAGAUGUAGAAACUCAUAUCCCGAUUAUAGCGCCCACGGGUGCUCUUCUUCCAAGCGAGAUUUACGAGAAUCAAGAGACAAGCUCCUUAUAUCAGAAGGUGAUCGCGGAAGUAUUUGAGAAUGUACUACCUACGAACGAGUUAAGGGCCAAAGCAGGCGAACUGGCCCGUGGUAUAGUCCAGCUCGAGCGGCAGCUUGCUUCUAACACGCCAACAUCAAAUGGUGGUACAGGCCCAAUUCCAGCCACGACUUUGGAUAAUGCUACGCAGCUGGCCCCUGAGUUUGACUUCGUCUCGGUAUUCAAGGAGAUAAGCCCUUCUCCCAUAGACAGAAUAUCUUACAACUUUCCGGAAUACUCUACCUGGCUAUCCCAAACUCUAGCGAAUACCACCAAACCUGUCAUCCAGGCUUAUUUCAUGUGGAAGGCGAUCGUUAGGUAUGAGCCAGCUAUCGAUGGACCUGAACUUGAACCUCUAAGACAAUUCCCGAACAUCAUCUCUGGAGAGAAACCUUACAUCCCUGAAAGAUGGCGAACCUGCGUUACUGAUGCCGACUCGAAGAUGGCGUGGCUGAUUAGCAAGCCAUACGUGGAAGCCAAGUAUACGGAGGCGAUCAAGAAGACCCUUGAGGAGAUGACGACAAGAAUUCAGAACCGCCUCGCUAGCAAUAUCGACCGUAUCGAAUGGAUGACGGAUGAAGUAAAGGCUAUAGCGAAGCACAAGGUCCAGGUCAUCACUCCAAAGCUCGGCUAUCCAACUCAGUCGCCCAACCUCGACGAUGCGCAAUCGCUGAAUGAUUACUACGCUGCUUUCGAUGUCUCAGACUCUUAUUUUGACAACACUGUCUCCUAUUCGAAGUGGUUAUCGAAGUCAACUGCGUCGCUCUUCGGGAAGAAGAGAGAAAAGGGCGCAUGGCCAGCCGCAGCCGGUUCCGCUCUGACAAUCAACGCUUUCUACUUACCACAAGAGAACUCCAUCAUCAUCACCGCGGGAACGCUACAACAACAGCUCCUAGACCCGGAGCUUCCGGCGUACAUGAACUACGGGGCUCUCGGCCUGGUUAUCGGACACGAGUUUACGCACUCGCUUGAUAGUAACGGGCGGAUGUAUGACGAGCGGGGCGCAUUCCGCGACUGGUGGGACGAGAAGAGCGAAGCUGCAUUCGACAAGCGUGCGGAGUGCCUUGUGAAGCAAUACGGGUCCAGCAACGUGACGCUGAGCGACGGCACGCAGAUCCCCGUUAACGGUACGCAGACGCUGGGCGAGAAUAUCGCCGACACUGGAGGGAUCAACACGGCGUACGACGCGUGGCUUGAUAAGCGGCGCGAGGACCCGGCAUCCGACUUCGACUUGCCCGGGCUGUCGGAGCAUUUCACGCGUGAGCAGCUCUUCUAUGUGUCUGCUGCCCAGUUCUUCUGUGACAAAUCGGAGGACGCCGGCAAGAAAUUGUACCUCUCUGAUGUGCACUCACCCCCUGAUGUUCGGAUCCAGAACAUGAUGGAUAACUCAGAUGGUUUUAGGAAGGCUUUCAACUGCCCCGUCAAGGAGCCUACGUGUGUGAUUUACUAGAUAAGGGGUUGUCUUUGAUAUUAUAGUUGAC